AUGACUUCUCGCAAGAUCUACAAGACCGUUGGAAUGGGAAAGGGACUAUGGAUGGAUAUUACCGUUGAUGAAUCAUUACCAGAAGACUCGAUAGACAGGUGGACCACGUGCGUCUUCGGCGACGGCAAACCAGGCUCCGAAGUCUUCACUGUUCCGCCACAUUGGCACAAGAACCACUCCGAGUACAUCACAGUGGUUGAAGGCCGAGUAGCCAUAACGCUCGACGGCAAGACGCAGGUGGUUCAGGGAGGAGACCCUGCAAUUUUCAUACCGGCUCGCCACACGCAUUCUAUGAAAAGCUUCCCGAACGAGAAGGUGACACUUGAGGAGAAAGUGGUACCGGCCGGAGCGCACAAGGCUCAGUUCUUCUACGACCUGCUGCAGAACGACACGUAUCCGGGCUUUUGGCAUGCUAUGAGAUCAUUCUAUGAUGGUGACACUUAUGUUCCGCUGCCGGGGAAUAUUGGGUUGAUAGAUGAAGCAUUCAUGUUCGUAAUGGGAAACCUCGCCAAGUUACUGGCACCCUCAAAGGCGAAAUUGUAA